GUCAGGCAGUUGAAUAACACAGCCAGCUAGCAAAAAGUGGUAAACAAAUGCUUAGCGGCACCGUAGAAAUAAUGAGCAGUGAAGCUUUAAUUGACUUUAUAGUUGAUUGCUGAUCGAUCAGUUAUGGCAGCGUCUUUGUUGCAGCAUCGCCGUGGUGUUUGUUGGAAAUAUUUUGGAGCUUUAGCUCGUUCGAGACACUACUGUCAGAUAUUAGCCGGCAAGGCGACCUCCAAUGACAGCGACGUGCUGUUGCGGUGCCGCAGUGUCACAAACAUGAUUGUUGCGAUGGCCAAGAGGACUCGAACUGCUCAACCUCACAGCAUCAUACAGAGUCUUCUCCACAGACCACUGCCUCCUGGAAUGGUUGACGUCAGUAAAGAGUUAAUCAGGACCAACCUGCUGAGAAAUCCCGUUGGUUUAGGAAAUUUGUUAGGUGCUACAAACUUCUUCAGUACAUCUCAGUCUAAACAAGCGGGAAAAAAAAGUGAUGGGCCCAAAGGAAAAACACCAGAGGAAGAAGAAGAGGAGAAGAAGCAUCGCGAGCAGAAGGAGCAGCUGCACCGAGAGCGCCUGAGAAUCCUUCUAUUAGUGGGCAUCUUCUUGCUCUUGAUAAACUCCAUCAACACCAGCGUCGGCAACAUCUCUUGGAAUGACUUCGUCAACGAGAUGCUGGCUAAGGGAGAGGUGUCCCGUGUCCUGGUGGUUCCUGAGAGCGACAUCGUGGAAAUCUACCUGCACCCCGGGGCAGUCAUCUUCGGGAAGCCUAGGAUCGCGCUCAUGUAUCGGAUGCAGGUCGCCAACAUUGACAAAUUUGAGGAGAAACUGAGAGCUGCGGAAGAGGAGCUGAAUAUCGACACGAAAGACCGCAUACCUGUCUCCUACAGACGCACCGGUUUCUUUGGAAACGCCUUAUCCGCCCUGGUAAUGGCGGCCAUCGGCGUGGCGAUCCUGUGGUACAUCUUUCGUUUGUCAGGCAUGGGCGGCAGAGAGGGCGGCUUCAGCGCGUUUAAUCAGCUGAAGAUGGCCAAGUUCACCAUCGUGGACGGGAAGUCGGGGAAAGGCGUGAGCUUUAAAGACGUGGCAGGCAUGCACGAGGCAAAGAUGGAAGUGAAGGAAUUUGUCGACUACCUCAAGAAUCCUGAACGCUACCUCCUCCUGGGGGCCAAGGUUCCAAAGGGGGCACUGCUGCUUGGACCCCCGGGCUGUGGGAAGACUCUGCUGGCAAAAGCUGUCGCUACAGAGGCUCAGGUGCCAUUCCUGGCAAUGGCAGGUUCUGAGUUCGUAGAAGUCAUAGGAGGUCUGGGUGCUGCCAGGGUGAGGAGCCUGUUCAAGGAGGCCCGCACUCGGGCUCCCUGCAUCGUCUACAUCGAUGAGAUCGACGCUGUGGGGAAGAAGCGCUCCACCAACAUGUCCGGCUUUUCCAACACCGAGGAGGAGCAGACCCUCAACCAGCUGCUGGUGGAGAUGGACGGGAUGGGAACGACCGACCAUGUGAUUGUCCUCGCUUCCACUAACAGAGCCGACAUUUUGGACAACGCUUUGAUGAGACCAGGAAGACUGGACCGCCACGUUUUCAUUGAUCUUCCAACCUUGCAGGAGAGGAUGGAAAUCUAUGAGCAACAUUUAAAGAUCUUGAAACUCACUCAACCAGCAAACUUCUACUCCUUGCGUCUGGCGGAACUCACGCCGGGCUUCAGUGGUGCAGACAUUGCUAACAUAUGUAAUGAAGCUGCCCUGCAUGCUGCCAGGGAAGGACUCAAGUCCAUUGAUACUUUCAAUUUUGAGUAUGCAGUGGAGAGAGUAAUAGCAGGAAGUGUAAAGAAGAGCAAGAUCCUUUCCAAAGAGGAGCAGAGGGUGGUUGCCUUCCAUGAAUCGGGGCAUGCUUUGGUCGGGUGGCUGCUCGAGCACACGGAGGCAGUCAUGAAGGUGUCCAUUGCUCCUCGGACAAAUGCAGCCCUGGGAUUUGCCCAGAUGUUACCUCGUGAUCAGUACCUGUUCACCAAGGAGCAGCUGUUUGAGCGCAUGUGCAUGGCUCUGGGAGGAAGAACUGCAGAAGCCAUCACCUUUAACAAGGUCACGACAGGAGCUCAGGAUGAUCUGCGCAAGGUGACCCGUGUGGCCUACUCCAUGGUGAAGCAGUACGGCAUGUGUGACAGUGUCGGCCAGGUCUCCUUCCCAGAGACGGAGGAGCAGGGGGCUGUUGGACGUCGGCCUUUCAGCCAAGGACUGCAGCAGCAGAUGGACCAUGAGGCGAAGAUGUUGAUAGGCCGUGCUUAUCGUCACACCGAGAAGCUGCUGUUGGACAACAGGGACAAGCUCACGGUGUUGGCCAACGCCCUGCUGGAGCGCGAGGUGGUGAACUACGAGGACAUUGAGGCGCUGCUGGGGCCUCCACCUCACGGGCCCAAGAAGAUGAUCCUGCCGCAGAGCUGGGUGGAGGCGGAGCGCGACAAGCAGGACACGGGGGAGGACGAGCCUCGGCCGCCGUCACGCCGACGCACAGACGACGAAGACAUGAACCCAGACCUGGUCUGAAGCAUGAUCUGGGACCCCUUUUUUUUAUUUGAUAAGUAAUGCUUCCUUUGAACAACGUGCAGUCGAGCGUUUUGGAGUUUAAGUUUGUAGCAGUCUGUGCAAAUACUGCCUUCUUGUCGGCUGGAGUGGAAUGCUUCAAAUUGUCCACAGGAGGACUUGAAAUGUUUGUUUAUGGAACGUGUGGCUGAAGGAGGAAAAAAAUCUGUUUUUGGAAUGUUGGUUGGUUUUUUUCAACAAAGUGUUCAGAACUCA